UCCUGCGCCACACAGCACGCGCAUGGGCUGUCUCCUACGUGCGUCAGUUUUGCAGCUUUGUGUUGAAAUAGAAACUGAUAAAUGAUAAAGAAAUGAUAAAAUGCCGCUGUGCUGGCUCAUCAGCGAGGAGGGCAAUCAUAAACCCAUCAGACUGCCUCACCUGCAGGCUGUUAUCCUGGGUCGAGGUCCAGAAACGACCAUUAAAGACAAGAAAUGCUCAAGACAGCAAGUUCAGCUGAAAGCGGAAUGCAACAAAGGUUAUGUCAAAGUUAAACAGCUGGGUUUGAACCCCACCUCCGUAGACUCCGUGGUGGUGGGAAAGGACAAUGAGGUCAAAAUGAAGCCCGGACAGCGGCUUCAUAUUGUUAACCAGCUCUACCAGUACACUGUACAGUUCAAGGAGGAUCCCACCGGGGACCAAGGGGGCACCAAAAGACCACGAGAGUCGUCUUCAGGUGACAGAAAGGGCCACAAAGAGGCUCAGAGUGUGAAAGCAGUCAAAGAGACAGAAAAGGAGUCAGUGUCAGCCAGCAAAGGAGAAGCCACAAAAAACAGUGUAAGAGGAGAAUGGUUGCGGAUGUGCAUGUGUUUACCAUGUUGUUUUUAUAAUGUCCAUGUGAGUGUCGUAAUAUUUUCCAAAAAACAUGUUACUUUAAAUUUGUUGCAGGAAGGUUUCGGACAUUGGAGCCAAGGUCUGAAGGGCUCAAUGCAAGACCCGAAGAUGCAGGUUUACAAGGAUGACAAAGUCGUAGUAAUCAAAGAUAAAUACCCCAAAGCUCGCUACCACUGGCUGGUCCUCCCAUGGCAGUCCAUUUCCAGUCUGAAGGCCUUACGCGAGGAGCACUGCAAGCUGAUGAAACACAUGCAACGGGUCGGUGAGCAGAUGGUUCAGCAGUGUCCAGAUGCAAGCCGGCUACGCUUCCGCAUGGGGUACCAUGCUAUCCCCAGUUUGAGUCAUUUACACCUCCAUGUGAUCAGCCAAGACUUUGACUCUCCUUGUUUGAAGAAUAAAAAGCACUGGAACUCCUUCACAACUGACUAUUUAAUGGACUCUCACGAUGUCAUUCAGAUGCUUGAAACAGAUGGAAAAGUCACGGUCAAAGAAGGAACCAGUGAGUUGCUGAAACUACCUCUCCGCUGUCACGUGUGUCACAGUGAGAUUCCCACUAUACCGGCUCUGAAGGAACACCUGAAGUCUCACUUUCCCAGAUGAGAAGGUGACCUGAAAGAGGAUAAAAGAUGCUUAUGGGUUCAGCACAUAAUAACACAUUGUUAUGUUUAUCAGCAUUAUGUUAUCAGCACAUUAUUUUUGCCUGCUAAUUCAGAUUUAUAGUUUUAUAAAUCUUGUUUCAGUUCAAACGACUGUAAUAAUGUGACCAGAACACAAUGUAAAAGUCACUGUAAAGAUUCAUGUCACUUAAGAUUUUGGAUUAAGUUUGUCCCACAUUUAAUAUGUUGCAAUAAAUGUUUUCUACGAACACAA